ACAAGGGAGGAGUUAGCAAACAGUGAAGUUUAGCCUAGCAGGAAACACCGAGGCUACCACCGCAGCGGUGGAAAAAGAAAGAGCAGCAGUCACAGUUUUAGUCUUUAACCUGGCCUCAGUUGUUAUAUUUCCUCGGCAAAUACGCUGUCGCUUGGACCCUGGGAGUACUCGCUUACUGUGCGGACGCAUUUUCCCCCGACUUUACAUGAGGACUGAGCUCCUAGCCAACUAAAUCAGCAGACAUUGGCCGGAGGUGGAAUCUUUACCAGCGGCUCUACACGGUGACCAUCGGCUGAGCAACGGCUGUUUGGAAUCAGCGUGUGUCAGUGGGCCCGCAGGCUCCACGCUGGUGCUGAGACAGGAUGAAGAGGUUCAAGCGACACGGCCAGGAGUCCCACAGAGACCGACUCAAACAGGAGCUCUUCCAGUUCAACAAGACUGUGGAGCAUGGAUUCCCCCAUCAGCCCAGCGCUCUGGGCUACAGUCCCUCCCUGCAGCUGCUGGCCAUCGGCACCCGCUCCGGGGCCAUCAAACUAUAUGGAGCUCCAGGUGUGGAGUUCAUGGGUUUACAUGAUGAGAAUGCUGCCGUCACACAGGUGCACUUCCUCCCCCACCAGGUUGAACUGGUGACUCUGCUGGAUGACAACAGUCUGCACAUGUGGACUUUAAGAGCUCACAAAGGACUCUCUGAACUUCUGGAGAUAGGACGCUUCACACUCACAGGGCCUCCGGGUGCACCUCCCAGUGUGACCAGAGUGACUGCAGUGUUGGCUCACUCCUCAGGAGAGCUGCUGCUCCUGGGGACAGAAGGAGGACAUGUCUUUAUAGUUGAAGUCCCAGGGUUCAGAGAGCUGGAAGAGAGGAACAUUAGUCUCGACCAAGUGGCCAGCAGUGUCCCAGACGACUACAUCGGCCGCAGGAAUCUGGAACACGUGGAGGCCUUACAGGAGAACCCAGUCAACCCAAACCAGGUUGUAAUCGGCUACGGACGAGGUCUCAUGGUCAUCUGGGAUCUGGAAAAACAGUGUGCCAUCCAGCACAUCCCAGCCACACAGCAACUGGAGAGCGUAUGGUGGACGGAGGAUGGAAGCUACAUUCUCAGCUCACACAGUGAUGGAAGUUACUGUCGAUGGAUGGUUGGCGUCGAGGACGUGAACGAUGAAGAGGAGAAAUCAGACAUCCCUUAUGGACAUUUCCCCUGCAAGGCCAUUUCUAAAAUAGUUCAGCUACCGACAGAAGAAGGCCCUCCAUUCCUUCUGUUCAGUGGUGGCAUGCCCAGGGCCAGCUAUGGGGACAGACACUGCAUCACAGCAAUCCACGGUAAAACACACGUGGCUCUGGACUUCACCUCCAGGAUCAUCGACUUCUUCGUCAUCAGAGAGGGACCACAGCACACAGGAGAUCCCAGUGCGCUGGUGGUUCUGGUUGAGGAGGAGCUCGUAGUGAUUGACCUGCAGACAGAGGGCUGGCCGGUCAUUCAGACACCAUACCUGGUCCCCCUCCACAGCUCAGCCAUCACCUGCUCCCACCACGUCUCCGCCAUCCCCCUCAAACUGUGGGAGAGGGUCAUGGCUGCUGGAGACCUGCAGAACACACACUACUCCAAAAAGCAAUGGCCAAUAACAGGAGGCCAGAGUAUGGCCCCAGACCCUCCACAGAGAGACCUGCUGCUCACAGGGCACGAGGAUGGGACCGUGCGUUUCUGGGAUGCAUCAGGAGUCUGUCUGUAUCCCAUGUAUAAGUUAAGCACAGCUGGAGUGUUCCACACAGACGCCGACCCCAACGAUAACAUGAACCAAGGCACGGAAGGAGAGUGGCCGCCAUUCAGAAAGGUGGGCUGUUUUGACCCCUACAGCGAUGACCCGAGGCUCGGCAUUCAGAAGAUCCACCUUUGUAAAUACAGUGGUUAUCUGACUGUAGCUGGCACAGCUGGACAGAUCCUGGUGCUGGAGCUGAACGAUGAGGCAGCAGAGCAGACGGUGGAGGCUAAAGUUGUGGAUUUGCUGCAGGGCCAAGAGGGCUUCCGCUGGAAGGGCCACACUCAGCUGGACGUGCGAGAGGAGCCGGUGCUGUUUCCUCCAGGCUUCCAGCCCUUUGCUCUGGUGCAGUGUCAGCCUCCUGCCGUGGUCACCGCCCUCACCCUACACUCAGAGUGGAAGCUGGUGGCUUUCGGCACCAGCCACGGCUUUGGCCUGUAUGAUUACCAGCAGAAGAACAACGUCCUUGUCAAAUGCACCCUAAACCCCAGUGACCAGCUGGCCAUGGAGGGCCCUCUGUCCAGGGUGAAGAGCAUCAAGAAAUCCCUCCGACAGUCCUUCAGGAGAAUCAGACGCAGCCGAGUCUCGCUAAGGAAACAUCAUGUCACCAACGCCGCCAAGCUCCAGGAGGCGAACGCUCGCCUGGAGGCUGAACUGGCUGAGAUGGAGCUUGCUCCCGUCCAAAGGAAGAUCGAGGCUCGCUCCUCAGACGACUCGUUCACCGGCCUCGUGCGGACGAUCUACUUUGCCGACACCUUCCUCUCAGACAGUUCACAUAACACCCCCUCCCUAUGGGCAGGGACCAAUGGCGGCUGUGUGUUUGCGUACAUGCUCCGCCUCCCUCCCGUCGAGCACAGAGCAGAUGAACCAGUCACCGCACAGCAGGCUAAGGAGAUCCAGCUGAUGCAUCGGGCUCCUGUUGUCGGCAUCGUGGUGCUGGACGGUCACGGGGCCCCUCUCCCGGAGCCUCUCGAGGUGGCCCACGACCUGGCUCGCUCACCUGACAUGCACGGCUCACACCACCUGCUGGUUAUAUCUGAGGAGCAGUUUAAGGUUUUCACGCUGCCAAAGGUGAGCGCCAAGAUGAAGCUGAAGCUGACGGCCAUGGAUGGCUCCAGAGUCCGGAGGGUGGGUGUGGCCUGGUUCGGCAGCAGUCGGUCGGAGGACUACGGCGAGAGCGGCCUGGUGGUCCUGACCAAUCAGGGCGACGUCCAUGUGGUGUCUCUGCCCACAGUCAAGAUGCAGGUUCAGUACCCCUGCAUACGCCGAGAGGACGUCAGCGGCAUCGCUUCCUGUGUCUUCACCAAGCAUGGCCAGGGCUUCUACCUGAUCUCUCCAUCUGAGUUUGAACGCUUCUCUCUGUCCACCCGCCACCUGGUGGAGCCUCGCUGUCUGGUGGAGGUUCCUCUUCAUUCCCCCACCCACCACAGGCCGCAGACUGAUGGAGCUUCAUCUGCUUACAGAAACACCAGACAGGACAGUGAGGAUGCAGAAAGCGCAGCUAGACGUGUUAUGGAGCAUGCUUUGCUGAAUGACGAGAAAGUUCUUCAAGAGAUCCAGAAGUCACUAGAAGCAGACCAGACGUCAUUCGUGGAGAAUAAUGUGAAGAGUGCUGUAGCUUGAGAGACAUCUCUGGACAGUUGAGAGUGAACUGACACGUUGAUGUGUAUGAAGCGUACUGCAGUCCUGUAGCAGCACUCGCCUCCUGCUCGGCUGACACAACCACUACUGACCCCCGACCCCUCGCGUGACUGACCUCCCCGCUCUCAGCUCACAACGACCCCUCGUGCAGAGACACCAAGCGGCUUCUCGGCUGUCGUGCUUUCUGAGCGCCGCGAGGCUGUUUGAAGGCUCCCUCACGGUGCAGACGGAGGCUGAAGGAAGAGACACCACCUGUGCCUAAAGACCACACGCUGUACACACACGAUCGCAGCACGGUCACAAACCAUUUAACCCAAAGCUGCAUGAAGCACAUUCCUCACGUGACCAACGCCAUGAUUCAUCACAUCCAGAUCAACGCCAGCAUCACACCAGCAUCUCACAUCUGCCAUAUACGCCACUCGUGGAAGCUGUUCGACUUAAAAAGUAGCCGUACCCACUUAACUCUGAGAGCCUUUAUCACCGCCACCAGCCUUCUCAUGUGGACUCUGCCAGCGGAAACUGCUCGUCCAAUCACCACGCUCUCUGCUGUGCAGUCUCACUGGCCUUCCUCUCCCCACAUGGACACACAGCUGCGAGGAACGCUGGGGACGGUUCGAAUAAUGUUGACGAAAAUAUUUUGUACCUUAAAUUUCAUCUGAUUUGUGCCUGACUUUUUAUUUAAGUUAAAGAAUUUUCAGAUUUAUACUAUGGAAGCCCAUUUCUGCCAGAAACCCCUUCCCCCAGAUAAUUUACAAACGAAAUAAUUGACUUGCGGUAAAUCAAAAUUAUGUCAUAAAUUAUUAUUAUAACGUGUCGAUUUUGUUGAAACGGUAAGAUAGUAAGUCAUAAAGCUGCUCUUUCAACUAUUUAGUCUUAAUCUUAAUUUUGAGGUAGCAUCAUUAUUUUUACUUUAGAGCCAUAAUUUAAGUCAUAAUUUUGGUUUAGAAUCUCAUACUUUUUACGUCUUGCAAUUUGGACUCAACUGUUUUACAAACAUUAUUAUUUUUAAAUAUUUCUAUGUGGUAAAUUUCAUGCUUACUACUUGACUAUAUUUGACUCACUGUUGUAAUUUUGACUCGCAAGUCAUUAUUUUUACCUGGUAUGCUGUAAUUUUGACUUGAAUUUUUUUUUAUUUAACCCAUUUUUGAGACUUGUAAUUUUGAUGUUAAAAAAAGGUUCAGUUAAGGGGAAAUAAAAUAAAAUUAAAUAGUUUUGUUUUUUUAUAACAAAAACAUACAUAGUAAGUCCUUGUAAGACAAAAUGGUACAAUUUCAUAGUCUUGCCUUGGUAAAUCAAAGCUUUUUUAUGCCAGUUAAAACAAAGCUAGAUUAUGAAAUUAUAGCAUCUUUUUUGGUCAACACUUGGCCAGAUUUAGUCACAAAAAAAACCCCAGAAAAUUCUUUACUUUGCUUUUUCAAGAAAAUCCAUGUUUAUAUAAUAACACUGUGUGAACCGUCCUCGCGUACACUGAUCCACACAAACAACUGAAAAAAAUGCCUAAAACAAACAAGAAAAGCCCACCCGCAACAAAAGUUUCACGUUUCAUGCAAGAACCAUUUCUGUGUAAAUGGCCCCUUAGACUUACUAUGAAUGUUUUUUUUAAAAAAUAUAUAUUUUUGGCUUUUAGUUUUUCGUUAGUUUUAUUUUUUAUUUUCCCUUCUUUUAUUUUGGUUAAAUGAGCUUCCAUACAAUUCAGAUGAACUAUCAAGGAAGAUGUUUUAAGUGGUUCCCAAGAAGAGAAAAAAAAAUCCAAAAGUUGUCUUAUGUAAUGUGAACCACGUUGAUGUUAACUUGUUCUUGUUUUUUUUAUUUCUCAGACUUCGUUUAUUAAAUUAGUCAUAGAAUUACAAACAGUUAUGUACCCCUGUAUACUGCUAACAAAGCCCUCUCCCUUCCCGUCCACUCUAGACUUCAUAUACCGGCCAUAGGUACUUCUCCACUGCUGUGGAGCUCACAGUGCUGUACUUUUUUUGGGGGAAACGGCUUUCUAUAGGGUUUGGUUUUUAAUUAUUUUUAUGUAAACCAUUUUUUUAUGCCAGCAAUGAAUAAUGUAAUUUAGGAAUGUAAUUGUAAGCUAUUGUAGUGAAAUGUUUUUAAUAUAUACAGUAUGUAUGUGAGUCAGUCUGUACCUGUGGGCCUGUUCUACACCUGUAACUGGGGUUGGCUGCUAUUUAGAUCGCACAAGGAAAUAUUUUGGUACUGUGUCUCAGAAUGCUGGGUAUUUAGCAUCAGCCUAGAAUAUAUUUUUGUAGUGAACUGAUUAAGAACCCUAAUUUGUUUUUGUUUUUAUUUGUAACUUCACACUACAGAUUUCUUGUGGAUAAUUAUUACACGUUUUUCCCAAGAA